AUGCGUCUUUUUGGUGGAAAAAACAACAAGUUCAAGGCCGAUCCUCCCAAGAUCCGGAUCGAAAAGGUCGUCGUCGACCGGCCGGCCGCAAAGCCAAAGCCGAAGCCGAAGCCCGCCCUCAGCGGCUCAGCCUCCCGGUCCUCGUCCUCGCAUCGACCUUCUCCGAAGCCUCUCGCACGCCAGGCUAGUCACUCGCCGUAUCCCUCAUCAUCCGACGAGAAGCGGUUGGAGCGUAAGCGCAAGGCUCCCUCGGUGUCGCGUCGAUCGCCGGCCAGUGACCGGAUCGAGUUUGACAAGGAUAGCGAUGGCGAAGACGACGGAUGGAUGACCCUUGACAGCAAUAAGAGACAGCGCAAGGGCACCGAAGACGGCUUCGUCGACACUAACCGUAAGCUGCGGAGCGUACGGGCCUUUAAAGAUAGGCUAGACAGGAGGAGCUUCAUUCAUGCCGUGGAUGUGGCCUCGCUCCAACACAAAUGUGUGCCCGUGAUGGGCGCCCAAAAGGAGGAUGUUGCCAUCGAGCUGCAGUAUCCCAGCCUACAACCACGCGAGAAAUAUGAGCUCGUCUGGGGCAAGGACAAGAUUGAUGCAGUCGAGGCCAGCAUAAAGGUUGUUCGACAUGUAGCCGAGACAUAUCUGACCGACGACGAGGCCGAGCCCUUCACGAACCCCAACGGAGGCAUUAUCCGUCGAUUGGAGAAGGCAUCCAAUCGCAACAUACAGGACCUCAUGGGUUUCAAGACGGCUCUGCGCGAGUACAACGAGAAGCUCCUAGCUCUGGUCGAGGACGGUGUGAUUUCCAAGAACCUCGACAACAUGCACGAGCUCCCCCAGCACCUCGUGGCAUUCAUCCUGGACCAAAUCUAUGACCGGACCGUGGCGCCCAAAGUCGAACUUCUCUCCAAAUACGAGAACGGAACCGAUUAUGUCUAUGGCGAGCUCCUUCAUCCCUUCAUCUCCAAGAUCCUCGUGGAACAAACACAGAUGACAUCGGGACAAGUCUUUGUGGACCUGGGUUCGGGCGUAGGAAACGUUGUUUUGCAGGCGGCCCUGGAGAUUGGUUGUGAAAGCUGGGGCUGUGAGAUGAUGGAGAACGCAUGCAAUCUUGGCGAGGCUCAGAAGAAGGAGUUUGACGCUCGAUGCACUCUCUGGGGUAUCAAGCCAGGCAAAGCGCACCUGGAACGUGGUGACUUCCGCCACAACCAGCACAUCCUCGAGGCCCUGAGGCGUGCUGAUGUUAUCCUGGUGAACAACAAGGCCUUCACCUCGAGCCUCAACGACGACCUUACUAGGAUGUUCCUUGAUCUGAAGCCGGGCGCCAAGAUUGUAUCGCUCAAAUCGUUUGUCGCGGAAAAGAACAACAACCACAACAUCAACGACGUCGGUAGCAGGAUCCUCGAUGUGGAGGAAUGCACAUACCCCGAGGGUUAUGUGAGCUGGACUAAUGCGGGAGGAUCGUACUUUAUUUCGACGCGAAAGCAGUAG